CUUAGGCUUAUCGAUUGGUAAACAAAUCAAAAGUGGACUUGUGAAAUAGCAACAAUUAAGGAGUGACUAAUAAUAGUUUUUAAGCGAAUAACAACAGGAGUGCAUUCUAAAUGGCUCUGCCUUCAAGAAAAGCGACAAGUGCAACUGGAACGAACGCCGUUGUGCAAGCUGUCGAAACAUACAUUCAAAACCAAAACUUGCUGGGUGAGAUUGCCGAACUGGAUGAAUUGCUAUAUGAUUUAAUUGAUCUUCAUAAGAACAAUGAAGUGGCCCUUAAACGCGUACUUCAGUGCAUCUAUAACCUGUUGCAGAGCAACAACAGGUGGAAUGUGAAAUUUGGCUCGAAGGUAUUUCACAAACUUAUUUCUGUUAUUAUCGCCGAGAGCGAUGAUGACGGAAUUCCACAUGGUCUGCACCGCCAGCUGGUGGCUAACUUGCUCAUCUGUGUUCAAAUUCAUGCACGCAAAUUUCCUCGCAUCGAUGGCAAAUUCUUACUACGUCAACUGUGGUCUCUCAGCCUAAGCAGUGAGCGGCAGCCGCAUGCCGCUCAAAUCCUAGUGCAGCUCUUUGAUGAUUUUUUACGUGAAAUGGGCGAUGAGUGCGCCUGUUCAACUGAGUUACACGCAGUCAUACAAGACCUGCUGCACUCGGAAGUUCGCGAGCAACGCAGAUCAGCGUACUUUCUUAUGAGAAAGCUUCUUAUGAUAUUACAAGAAGAAUCAACUGCUGACACUGCUGGACGGAGUAGACGCGUGUUCGACACGCUUAAAUGCGAUGAGCCGAUGUGGUCCUCCUAUAUCGUCAUAAUGGAGACUCUGGAAGAGCAACAAUCGCAUUUAGUGCUGCCAACCCUGAGCACGUUGCUGCCCCGUAUUGCGGAGAGCAAUCAGGAGGACGAUUGGCUGGUUUGGCUACGCAUUCUAUAUGCUCGUCUAUUACAGGAUAACAACAUAUUGGUUCUGCGCUGGACAUUAGAAUUUUUCUUCAGCCGCUUUGACGUGUCUAAACUGUGCCGUAACCAGCUUCUAGCUGAAUUCCUAUCAGCCACAAAUCGGACACAGCUCUACAAUGUUGAAAGUUACUUUUUGCCAGAGAUAAAUAUGGAGACAUUCAUGUCCGACGAGUCCGAGGCACAGGAGUUUUUGGAAGCAUUAGGUACAGUGCCGUGGCAUUCCGUGCCACUACACUUUUGGCUGAGCAAAAUGAAGCCGGUAAAAGCUGCUCUCACUAACAAAAAAGUGCUCCUGCAGCUCAGCUCAAGAGUACGCGCAUUAACCAAUGCAACGUUGCGGCAAAAAGCUAUCGAUCUAGUAUUUAAUCUGCUAGAGAGCACUAUAAGCAGCUUGACACUGGCCGAUUACAUGAUCUUCAUUGAGACUCUUGUCAAUGUGAGCGAUCGUUUUUAUGACAAUCUACGUUUAAAAGCAAAGAUGCAAAAUUGCGAGAGCUUUGCAGAAGCGAUUCCGCGCUUUAACAAACGUUGCAGUGAAAUUAUAUUGAAGGAUGGUGGCAUAUCGAUAUUGAUAGAUGAACUUAUCAAACAAUUGAGGGAAUUACCAAGUUCGCAACACGGUUGGCUGCGCCUAGUUCCAAUUUUCAGUUUGAAUGACAUGGAGCCUGAGCAACAACAGAUCUGUUUGCAUUUUUACAGAACUCAAUAUAAUAUCAAUACUGAAAUGUUUGAGAAGGCCGCAAAUCUUGGGGAAAUACAGCAACAUAUGCUGCAGAAACUGAACUGUCAAACGAAAGAUGAAAAAUCGUUUGUGCUGGAGCACUGCGUCGAUUGCUUUGUUCGGGCCAACCUCCAAAGCUGGAGUCAAAUGAAAGAGCUACACUUACAGCCAUGUGAUCUUCUAGAAAGUGGUACAAAAGCAACGUUGGUUCAUUUGACACAACUAUUGGAAACUAGCGACACAAGAAUCGAAGACGAAGCAAAUGUGCUUUCCACAGUGAUCAACUUGUCAAACAAACAUCCAAACUGUGACGAAGUCACCGCGAGCAUUGUAAGUUAUGCGAAAAGCUUUUUGAGCGAUGAUGAAAAUGCGAAACUUGUGAGAGAUAUGAUUAAUAAACACAAUGGUCUCAUAUCUUGGUACAUAUUGACCAAUGCGAUCCCCAACUCCUUAAUUGUGGAAAGUAUCCUAAAUGGCGAGAUCAGCACCGGGGAUGCACGGAUUGAGGCAGCAUAUAUCGACAGCCUUACCAAUUCUCCAUUUGGAGAUGUGGAUCUACGAACUAGAUCAAUAUACUUUCUGAAACAGAAACCAAAGCCGGAUGUAGUGCAUGCUCUCUGUAGUGAACUGCAGGAUAUCAACAAGGAGUUGAACGCGAAGAAGCCGCGUUACUUUGAAAAUUGCAAAGAGCACAGAAUAAAAAUACGCAUUGCUAGAGCACUUUUAAUAUUAAAGGACGGAAUCAAAUGGUCCGAUGAAAUGUGGAACGCUGUGCUGGCACUCAAUGAUCAGCAGAACAUAAGCUAUAUGUAUGAGUGCCUUGUAGCUCAGCUGCUGCCUGAUUUCAAUGAAUUGGUGAAUCGAAUGCAGUUAUUGGGAACACUAAAACCAAGCCAGCAGAUAUCAGUAAUUUCAAUUGCAUAUAUCUAUUGCCUUCUGAAUUGGAAAGUUCUUGAGUUGACGCAUUUACAAUGCAUUGUAAGCUUGCUGAUGCCACAUACAAUGGGUGCCCAUUAUCAAACCCGACUUUUCGCCCAACUCGUUCUACAUAAUCUUGCAAUUAAGUGCGAAAAAUGCAGUAUGGAAUGGCCUACACUUAACGUAAUAAAGGCUAGCAUUGAAAUGACAUUGGGAACAAAGUUGGCCGAGUUGAAUAACGAAACUCGCCUCUUAUUACCGGAAAUAAGUUCAAAUUAUUUAAAUGCUGAUAUUAUCUUGUAUAUGACAAAUACGCCAUUUGAUGAAUAUGUAAAACCUAUGAUCACUGACGAUGCGCUUAAAGCCAGGAUAGAAGCAACACGCGCUGCUUUGAAAGCGAGACGGAAUCCAACAACAGUUAUGCCGAAAAGUGGCGUUGAUACGGCCAAUUUAAAUGUUCAGCGGAAAAUGAAUCCUAUUAACGAUAUUUAUAUUGACAAUGACUUAGCCCAAAGUUCAGAGCAAUUGAAUGACCGGGAGCUGAUAGUGGUUGCGUCUCUCAUAGACAAGUUACCCAAUCUUGGCGGCUUAGCGCGCACCUGCGAGGUGUUGGGCGUUAAAACCUUGGUUUUGGGUGCCAAAUCUUUUGCGCUCAAAAGUGAUUUUGUUAAUUUAAGCAUGACCGCCGAGAAGACUCUUAAUAUUGCUGAAGUAAAGCCCGCAUCACUUGCCAGUUAUUUGGUUGAAAAACAAUCCCAGGGAUAUAAAAUUGUUGGUGCUGAGCAAACAGCGCACAGCGUAAAUUUCACAGAAUUUAAAUUUCCUGAAAAAUGUGUCCUGCUGUUGGGUCAUGAAAAACAUGGAAUCCCAGUGGAUCUGAUAGCAUUAUUAGAUUUUGCUGUCGAAAUACCACAGUUUGGAGUGGUGCGUUCCUUGAAUGUGCAUGUGACUGGCUCUUUGUUUAUUUGGGAAUACUGCAAACAGCAUUUACAAAAGUAGCAUAUGUAAAAAAAGUCGUUUUUGUGGACUAUAAGUGCCUAGACUUACGAUUUUUCGAAAUGUCUCAAAUGUGAUUUAUAAGCUUACAAUCUAUUAAAAACACCU